CGUCCAGGCUCCUGGCUUGGCCCGGGCCCAGCAGAGCUGUGCGAUCCGGCGGCCCAGACCUGGGCUUUCAAAUGAGGGGACAUCCAACUGGAAGCCGGGUCAUCGCGAAAUGAGGAAGUCGCCCAAAGGGUGCAGGGGUCCCCUUUCUCUUCCCUUUCUUCUCCCAGCCACAUCUCAACCGGCCAGUCUUGGAGGAGAGUCUCAGGUGGCUAAGGAAGAGGACAAGGGACACGAAGGGAGUGACAAGAAAGUUCCAGGAGACUCUCAGGCGGCCCCCGCCUGGGGAUCAAACCUGAAUAACGUGGAGCCUUGUAACCUCGGAGGAUUUCUCGGCUGCUGCGGUUCCCCUGCCCACGCUGCAGGUUUUUCAGGUCCUUGCUUGAGCGAGCACUCCCAGGCGUAAAUAAACGUGCUAUCAGCAGGCUGCGUCAGCCUAUUUAAGCAGGCUGGCCUCGGCAAUCGCAGCGUCCAAACCCACGGCUCGCCUGUGCCACUUGCACGCGCGCCGGGACCAUGUCGGCCGAGCCCGCCAGCGGCCCCACGCAGGACCAGGUGGACAUCCUGGAGUACAACUUCAACAGGGUCAACAAGCGCCCGGACCCCACCACGCUGUGCCUCAUCGCGGCCGAGGCCGGCCUGUCGGAGGAGGAGACGGAGAAAUGGUUUAAGCAGCGCCUGGCCCAGUGGAGGCGGUCUGAAGGCCUGCCCUCAGAGUGCAGAUCCGUCACGGACUAAGGAGGCAGAGGGCGUUGACAGCCUGGCUCCACGAAGACCAUCUGUUGUUUCUGUCCUUGGCUGAACCAAGCCUUCCUGGUGUUUCAGUGUAGCGCUCUGUUCCAUUGUUAGCUGUCCUGCUAUUUAACACGACGUUGUAUUUUUUUUUAAUGUACAUAACUAGGAAAGAAAAUAACGAUAGGAAGCUAUGUGCAACUUCUGUGUAAUGCAGUGGCUUGGCCAGAAAAGCUGUGUGGCUUGCAUUUCUCUUUGGGUCAUGAUGACAGGUGUGAAAACCAUCUAAGUUUGCCUUUGACUGUCACCUCCCAGUAAACAAUUUGUUUUCAUCGUCCA